CAACAACAUCCCUAACACAACCCUUUCUCUACGGCCUCGACGUCUAAACCUACAAAGAUGCUUGCCCGGACCGAAUUGUGCCUGCGCACAGCAGCUGUGAACUGCCGGUUCCAGCCGUCGCUCACGGCUACCAACUCAUAUCACACAACCAUUCCGUCAAAGAACCAGCCGCAACACCCACAAACCAGCCGACCGGGGCUCGUCACAUCUAAGAAAUCUCCUUCGCAAUCAACUUCUGAGGUCGUUAGAUACGCAUCGACCACUGCCUCUACGGACAACACAGCUUCGACAGCACAACCUUCCACUUCCUCGGCAGACCAGCUUACCUGGAACGCGUUCUUUAAGCUCCGCAAGACAAGGAGGCGCAUACAGCUCGGCUCAUCCGUGGGAACAAGUUUCGGUGGUAUGCUGGCUGGUGCACAGGCGCUGGCCGUCUCGGAUAUGGAUAGCCUCGUUGGGCAGGUGCCGUUGGACCCCUUCAUCACACUUGGCUUGAUUACUUUCAGCUGCGGAGGGGUUGGGUGGCUCCUAGGGCCCAUUGUCGGGACGGGGAUCUUCAAUACGAUGAACCGGAAGUAUAUACCGGAUAUGGCGGCGAAAGAGGUAGAGUUUUAUAAGCGCGUCAGGAAGUUCAGAGUCGACCCUUCGGCGUCGUCAAUGGCGAACCCGGUGCCUGAUUACUAUGGAGAGAAGAUAUCGAGUGUGGCUGGGUACAGGCAAUGGCUCAAGGACCAAAGGGCGUUCAACAAGAAGCGAACGACUUAUGUUGCUUAAAGUGUGUAAGGAUUGUGGGGCAUCAUUGAAAUAAAAUGAGUAUUUUGAAACUCUUAUGUACAAUUGCAAUAUGUGGCUAAAUAUGCUACACCGACAUUAGAGUCUCUCCCUGUAGGUGCAUAUCGAAGGAGUAGCGGAGGUGCUACUGAGGAAAGAACACUCUAGAUCCAAU